AUGACCCCCCACGAGUUCUACGAGCAAGAGCAGAUGAACAUCCUCAGCCCCGGCGACGAGUUCACCGAGGUCGUCAUGUCCAGCAUCGACCACGAGAAGAACAACCUCGCCAAGCUCGUCGCCACCGGCACCAAGGGCAAGCCCACCAACAUCCUGCAAAUCAGCUCUUCCAUCGGCCAGAUGAGUAUCAACGGCCAACGCAUGCGCAAGGCCUUCGACUUCCAGCGCGCGCUGCCCUACGCGCGGCGCUUCCACGACGAGCCCGAGGCCGUCGGAUUCAUCGCCGACUCGUUCGUCACCGGCGUCAACUUCAUGUCCGCCAUCGCGCAGCAGCAAGACGGCCGCAACGGCAUCACCACCAAGGCGCUCUCCACCGGCACCACCGGCUACCACAACCGCAAGGCCAACAAGGCCCUCGAGGCCGUCCACGUCGACAACCACCGCCGCCUCGUCAAGUACGACCUCGUGCUGCAGCAGCUCUACGGCGACGACGGCGUGGACAUCCGCAAAGCCGCCUACGUCGACUUCCGCGUGCUGCUGGCCAGCGACGCCAACUUCGAUGAGCAAUUCAGCGCGGAACAGUUCCAGCCCGAAAACGACACCGAGUGGCGCGCGCUAGAGGCCGCCUACGCCGACGCCUGCCGCGCGCGCACGCGCUACCGCCAGGGCUACGCCCGCAUCGAUGGCGCGCCGCGCUCGCCGCGCUACACCCACUACAACGAGAUCUGCGAGCGCGCGGCGCGGGAGAUCCCCGAGCACGUGGAGCGGUCCUUCGCGCUGAUGGACAUCGGUCUCGACGUCGGGCUGGCCUACCGGCGCGUGCUGCAGCACCGCAUCGACGCCAAGACCAUGGCGCUCGUCGCCGACCGCAUCACGUCCGCCUACAAGAAGGCGCUCGUGGAAUACGGCACUUCCAUGGGCAUGUUCGCCUCGGAGUGCACUUCCGAAAGCAUGACGCAGCGCAUCCUGGACUCCAUCCACGCGUCCGGGGCGUCCAAGUCCAACUUCCUCAACCGCAUCAAGGAGGUCUACGGCGCCAAGGGCACGGACAGCCUCGAAAACGCCUACAUGGACGUGUUCCUGCGGCCCGAAUUCGAAGACGACGUGGUCGCCUUGCAGCGCGUCGCCAACGAGAUCGAGAUGAUGAACCUGCGCACCUUCGUGCGCCGCGCGCAAAUCUUCUUCGAAGCGUACGGCGCCUCCCGCCACCCGGACUUCAAGGACGAGGCCGAGGCCAUGCGGUGCACCUUCGAGCGCCACGCCGUCAACCAGCGGCCGCCCGCCGGGCUACUGCCGUGGUGCGUGCGACUGGAGCUGUCGCGCGCGGCGCUGAUCGAAAAGAACAUGCAGGUCAGCACGAUCUUUCGCAAACUCAUGCAGCACUUCCCGAAGCUGUACAUCUUGUACACGGACGACAACGCCGAAGAAGUGGCCAUGCGCGUGUACUUCGGCGAGGACGUGUUCCGGCGCGCUUCCGUCGUGGACCAGUUCGUCGUGCACGACUUCUUGCACGCGAAGCUGCUGAAGGUGGUCAUCCGCGGCGUGGACGGCAUCAUCUCCGCCACCGUCAUGAAGGACUUCGUCCCGCGCACCGUCGAGCAGCCCGACGGGUCCAUGAAGGUCGUGCGCAAACACAUCAUCCGCACGCAAGGCACAAACCUCACGGCCAUACUCCACCACAACGCCGUCGACCCGCACAAGACCGCGUCCAACAGCGUGCUGGAGGUGCAGGAGCUCUACGGAAUCCACGCCGCGCGCAUGAAGAUCAUCCAGUGCUUGCGUGAAAUGUCGGGCACGGACAUCAACAUCAAGCAUUAUACGCUGAUCGCCGACACGCUCACGGCUAACGGCUUUGUCUCCAAUAUCGAGCGCGGCGGCGUCGCCGAAAGCAACCCCGGCAACACGCUGCUCAGCAUCAGCUACAGCCACCCCAUCCAAACCAUCACGGAAGCCGGACUCAACAACGAAGAAAGCCUUGUGCACACGAACAUCAGCAGCGCAUUGAUGAUGGGAUCGACCCCCAACGUCGGCAGCAACUACAACGGCGUGAUGAUGAACGAGCGAUUCAUCAAAGAGCACAACAAAACCGCAUCAGACAUACUUGACGAGCAAAAAAAAAAAAGGAAGACAUGUAUGAAAAGUAGCGGCAAAGGGGGGGGGGGGGGAAGGACGAACGCGUGCGUCUCCGCGCGAAAUCCAGGGACGACCGCGAGCGCGAAGACGACGGGUAUGCAGACCCUCUUCGCUUUGCGCAAGAACGUAUUUUGUUCUUAG